AUGGUUAAUAACAAAUGUGAAGUUUGUGGAAGUAGCUCCUUUAGAGUUGAAGAUGGAAUGUAUGUGUGUGAUGAUUGUAAUUAUGUAAAUGAGGAAAUACAAGAACAUUUUGACGAUGCGUAUGAAAUAAAAGAUGAUAAAAUAAACAUUGAGUAUGAAUAUGUUGAAAAAGAUAUAUAUAAUAUAAUACAAAAGUUAUAUAAAGAUAAGGAUUUAAUUGUUAAUAUAACAAAAUAUGUACUAAAAGAAAACGAUGAAUUUUUUAUAAAUUUUCAAAAAAUAUUAUUUGAAAUAUGUCAAAUAUUAAUAUCUGAUUAUAAUUUUCCUACAGUUUUGUAUAAUGAAGUUAAAAAAGUAUGGUUUUAUUUACUUGAGGAUUGCAUAAAAAAAUGUAAUAUUUAUCGGCCUCCAAAUGAUAACAAAUAUUCUUUAAGAUAUAUAUAUGAAGUUAUAAAAUAUAAAGAUAUAACUGAUAUAUUUAAAAAUGUAGUAAAUGAUAUAAAUAUUAAUGAAGAAAUAAGAAAUACAAUUAAAAAAAUGGGAUAUAGUAAAACAAAUUAUUAUUUUAGCAUUCAAAAACAAUAUAUUAAUAAAAUUGGACAAAUGGCUGAAUUUUACCCCAAAAAAAGUGAAAUGAAUAGAAAAUUUAAUAUUCGUUUUUUAAAAUUAUAUAAAAAGACAUCAUUGCUUGAUAACGAAAAUCAAAACAAAAGUUCAUUUAAAAAACUUAACGAAUUAAUAGCAAACUUGAAAACUAACAAAAUAAAAGAUGAUUUAAACAUUUUAAAAAAAAAAGAAAUAAAUCAAGCAAAUACAAACCAAAAAAUAUUUAUAGAAAACUACAAGGACAAUGAAUAUGCUCCUCAAAACGAUUAUACAUUUAACAAUAAUGAAAAUAUAUUAGAUCAUUUUGUUGAAACAAAUGAUAAUAUGAAUCCAUUUGAAAAAUCAGAUUUUUUAUAUAAUCCUGAUGAAUUUUUAAACCAAGAAAAUUGGAAUUCAUUUCAAAAUUUUAAUGAACAAACAAAACAAAAAAAAAAAAAUAUAUCAAAUCCAAAAUGUAUACAAGAAAAUUUAUCUCAAUUAGAAAAAAAUAAUUUCAAUGAAAAUUAUUCUAUUUUAGAUAAUGAAAAAAUCUAUCAUUUUUAUUCUUCAAAUUUUAUAAACAAAAUGUUACAAUAUAAAAAUUUAUUAAAACCAUAUAACCGUGACGAUCCAAUUAAAUAUAUGAACAGAACUACAAAUUAUAAUAAACUUAUAGGAAUUAUAUAUCAACAUGAUUUUUUAUAUUAUUUUAUUGAAGACUUAAAAAAAAAAUCAGAUAUUGAACAUUUGUCAUAUUAUGAUAUAUUACAAAUAUUUAAAGGGAAUUAUGAUCAAAUUAUAUUUGAAUUUUUAGAAAAUAAAAAUAAUGAAAUAAAUAAAACAGAAAAUUUUAACGAGAAUGAAGAAAACAGUCUAAAUAGGCAUGCUUCUGAAGAAAAAUUAAAUGAUGUUUUUUUAUCGACAUAUCAUCAGAAGGAACUUGAAAAUGAACAAAGUACAAAAAUGAAAGAAAAUUCUGAAAUGUUUACACUAUUUGAUGAACUUGAAUUAAAAAAAGAAUUUAAAUUUAAUGAAAAUUUAGAAGGAAUCGAAAUAAAAAGUGAAUUUAAAUUGAGUGAUGAUUUUGGUGAAUUUGUUAAUGCAAACUACAACCAAAUGAAUAGAAAUGAAAUCGAUAUUAUAAGUAACUGGGAUAAUAGUGAAAAAACAGAGAGUUCCAGAAAAUGGGGAAAUUUCAAUUAUAAAAUUGAAAAUGCAAAAAUAAAUGAGGGUGAAAAACAUAAAAAUAAAAUAAAUGAAAAAAUUAUUAUCGAAAAUAUUUUUGAAAAAUAUAAAAAUUAUAUAACAUUAAAAAAAGAUGUGCCAAAAAACAAUAUUGAAACAAAAGUUGAUAUACACGAAAAUAUAUUUAAUGAUAAAGAUAGUCAGUCUUGUUUAUCUAAUAGAGAGAUAAAUUUUAUUGAUCAAAAUUACAAUAAAAAAGAAAAUGUACUAAAUAAUCGAUUCGAAAACUUAGAUUCAUAUAGUUUAGAUGCAGACAAUAUUUUACAGCUUCCAAAUGAUGGAAUGCUUGAAAAUUUUGAAAAAAUCGAAAUAAAUAUGAAAAAAAUUGGUGAAAAAAACGAAAAAAAUGAAGGCAAUGGCGAAGAAAAUAUUCCAUUCUCAAAAAUAAAUUUAGAAGAAAGAAAAGAAAAUGAUAAAUAUCCAAAUAAAAUAAAAUUUUCAAAUAUUAAUAAAAAUACAAAUGAAUUCACGAAUGAAACAAGUAACGAACAAUGUAAAGAAAUAGACAACGAUUUAAAAAAGAAUGAAAUUAAAAAUAUGAGUAUAUACGAUAAACUUGAAUGUGUAAAUAAUUUAAAAAAAGAAAAAUUACAAAAUUUUACAAACCAAAAUAUACAAAUUACAAAUGAUAGUUACUAUAAUGGAGUAAUGAAAAAAAUAGAUAAAUCAAUAAAAAAAGUAAAAAUAUUUAUGGAAGAAAAUCAUUUAGAAAAUAUUAAUGUUCAAAAAUCAGAUUGUAAUAAAAUAUAUGUAAAUGAAAAACUAUUAUUAGAUACAUAUAUAUUUGAAGAAUUAUAUACAAAAAAUUUAUACGUAUCAAGUAUUAAAACAUUUAGAAAUGUAACAAUAAAAUAUAUAUAUAAUGAAUAUAUAAGUUAUUUUUUAAAUAAAUAUAAAGAAUAUAUGAAUGAUAAUGAAGAAUGCAAAUAUUGUUAUAAUUUUACAUUUGAAUUAAUAUUUUAUAUUUUAUAUUAUUCUUUUAAAAGGUUAAAUAUAUAUUGUUUACCUCAUAAUAUGAAAUAUUUUGUAAAUUCAGAUAAUUUUAAUUUAUAUCAUAUUUUUAACAGCACAUCUGAAAAAUUUUAUAAAUUAUUUAAAGAAUUAGAUUCAAUUAAUUUCCCAUUAAAAAAUUCAUAUUUUUCAGAAAUAAAAAAAUUUUUUUUUACUAAAACUCUAAACUAUGAAGUUCCUUUUUUAUGUAUUCAUAUGCAUGAAAAAUUUAAUGUACUCGAUUCUGGUGAUAAUCUUUUAGAAGACAAUGAAUAUAUUUUGAAUGAAAAACCAUUUUGUAAUAAAAUAAAUGAUAAUGCUCCAAAUAGUUCUGCAUUUGUUAACAAUAAUACUAUUAUUAAUAAUUUACAAAUUUAUGAAACUAUUGGAUUAAAUAAGAUUUUUCGUAAAUAUAAAACUUAUACAAUUAAUAGUAGUAUAAAAAAGAGAUGGUCAAAAAUGUUAAAUAAAUUUAAUGGAUAUUCCCUUACGAAGAUAUAUUCUUUAAUUAAUGAUUUAUUAUUUACAUUUAAUUUAUCAAAUAAAGUACAAAUGUAUUCUAUAAAAAUUUUUAAUAUUAUUAUAUUUAGAUAUCGUUUUUUUAAAUUUUUAUAUAAUACAUUUUGUAACAAAUAUGAUGAUAUGCAUAUACAAUUAAACGAUUAUUAUAAUUAUAAAAAUAUUUAUAAAGAUUGCUUAGAAUAUUAUCCUAAAUAUAUUGAAGCAAAUGCAUCAAUUAGUUACAUAAAUACAUAUAUUAACCAUUUAAAAAAAAAAGAAUUGUAUAUAAAAAAAAAAUAUAUUGAAACAAAGAAAUAUAUUAAUUUAGAAGAUGGAAGUGUUAAUUAUCAAAUUUAUAAUAAAAUUAAUUAUUUUUAUAGACAAAAAUUUUAUUACACAUUUUGUAAUGUAAAUUAUCAUAUCGACUUUAAAAAAACUGAGCUUUACAAAAUAGCAGCGGGAUGUGUAAUAGCUGCUUGUAAAUUAUAUUAUCCAUUUUUUAUAGAUGAAUUUUAUGAUUACCAAAAUUUAUAUAUUCCAGAUAAAUUUGAAGGGUUUCAUAUUGCUAAUCAUUAUAAUUGUCAUAUACAAGAAAAUGUAAAUUUAUAUAAUAGAAUUUAUCCUUUCGAAAAAAAAACAACUCAAAAAAAAAAACGUUUCCAUAAAUAUAACAUGGAUAUAUUUGAAAGGGACCAAGAUUUAAAAAAUAAAUCAAAUGAUUUUAUCUUAAAAGAAAAAACAAUACAAGAAUACAAACAGGAUGAAAAAAAUGAUAAUUUUUACAUGAGCAAAAUUGAACGAUUACUCAAAAAAACUGAAGAAAAAAAAAAAAAAAAAAAUGAACUAGAUGCAGGCGCAGACCAUUUGGAUAUGCUUGGUUCAAAUGCGUGCCCAAAUAAAAACUCUUUUGAAAAAAAAAGAAAAAAUUAUAAAUCUGAUGAAAAUUUUAAAGGGGAAAAAGUUAGAAAGCUAAAUAACCAUACUUACACAGAUGAAAACAUAUUAGACACUUUAGAGAUUUUCCAAGAAAAAGAAAAAGAAAAAUUUUAUUCGAGCAAUGUUAUUGAUUGUAAUACUCAUAUCAACGAUUUUCACUGUGCCUACUCAAACGAAUUAAAUAAAUGUCAAUUCGUAGAUCUUCCUUUCUUAAAUGAAAAUUGUGAAAAUGAUAAAAAUGAAUCUUUUUAUAUCGAUGUACUAAAUGAGAAGGAGAGCAAUUAUUUCGUGCCAUAUUUAAAUAAGAAAAUAAAAAAAAGUGAAAUAAAUAUACUUGGCGAUUUUUUUGAUGAUAAUUAUAUUGAUGAAGGUAUUCACAAAUUAGUAAGUUAUGGAAAUAAAAUAGAUGGUAGUUCAAGGUUGUUAAAUAAAAGAAAAAGUCAAAAAGACAAUCAAAUGAAAAAACAGAAAAAAAAUAAAUUAAGAAUACGUGGAAUAUACUUUAAAUCUAUAAAAGAAAAUGUUAUAUCCUAUUUUAUUCCAAUUCCUAACAUUAUAAAUUUAUAUUUCAAUUAUAAAAAAUGUCUUAGCAUUGAUGUAUAUAAAGAUUUUAUAAAUAAAGAAAUUUCUUUAUUAGAUGUUGGUAAUGGCACAUCGGAUGAAAUAUAUAAUGAUGAGGUUGAAUAUUUUGAAAAUAAUAUUUUUAAAAAAUUAUUCAAAAAAAUAAACCAAAAAGAAUAUAUUAUAAGAAAUAAAAAAAAUAGUUUACGAAAAAUAAAAUCGAGUAAAAUGAUAAAUGAUGAAAUAUAUAAAAAUUACAUAAUUAAAAGAAAAUCUUAUAUAAAUUUAGAUCGAAUAAAUAAAAAAAAAAAAGAAAAAAAAUUAAUCUUUACAAAAUUUUGUAUUUUGAAAAAUAAUAGAAAUUUCGAGGAAAUAUAUAAUAUGCAUUCUAAAAAUACUGAAUGUGUUAUUAAAGACCUAGAGAGGGUUGAAAAAAUUAAAACAAAAUUAUUCCCUCUUUUUUUAGCUAAUUAUUAUGUUCACCCUUUCAAUUAUUUUUCUAUAAAUAUACACACCAUUUGUUUUUAUAAUUUAAUAAAAAAAAUAGAGAAGGAUAACAUGUUUUCAUUAAGUUUAAAAAGAAAUAAAAAAUGGGAAAUAAUCUGUGACCUAUUUAAGAAUAAAAAUAAAACCACUUAUUUUCAUUUUUUGCAACAAAUUUAUGAAGAUAUCCAAAAUAUUAAAAGCAACAGUCCCGAUGUUUCUAUUUCUAAAAAUUGUAUUAAUAACACAUCUGAAAAAGUAAAUAUAGUGGAUAAUAAUUCGAGUCAUCCACAAAAAAACACAUCUAUUAAUUCGCAACUUGGGAUGGAACAUGCUACAGAAUUAAAUGAUGUUGUUUUGUUGGAAAAUCUCACAAAUUUAAAAAAUAAAAAAAUAAAGAAAAGGAAAAAAAAUGCAUUAAUAACAGAAACUGAAUUUGAAAAAAUUAUGAAAAAAAAAAAAUCAGAAAAUAUCGAUAGUCAUUCUUCUGACAUAAUUUUUAACAAUGAAGCUACCAACUUUAUAAAGGAAAAUAAAUUUGGUAUAAAAAAUGGAAGAAAUAUUUACAAAAUAAUAAAUAAUAUAAAUAAAAUAGAUAUAGGAAUAGACAAAAAAUAUGAGAAUAAAAAAAAUGAUGUAAAAAUAUAUUAUCCAUAUUUAAUAAAUAAAAAAAAUUAUGAACAGACAUAUUUAAUUUAUGUAAUAUUUGAACAUAAUAUAUUAGGUUUGUACUCUUUUAAAAUCGAAAGUAUUUUGAAUUCAUUUAAAUUUUUAAUAGAAAAUAUGGAUAACAUAUAUCAGUUAUAUUUGUUGUAUUACCAAGUAAACCAUGUUAUUUAUCUAUUUACAAACUGUACUAGUUAUAUUAUAAAUAUGUAUAAAUAUUUUUUGUUUAUAAGACAUAAAAAAAAAUAUAUUACUAAAAAUAAUUUCAAAUCUUUUUAUAGAAAUAAAUAUAUAAAAAAAAAAAAAAAAUUUAUUUAUAGUAUUCAAAUGGUUUUAGUUAUUUUGAGAAUUUUUAUAAAUUUGUAUGGAAGUUCUAAUGAUGUGUAUGAAUUUGAUUUGAAAAUUAAUGGAAAAGAACAAAAUAUUAAUAAUAAUAAUAAUAAUGAUAAUAAUAUUAAUAAUAGUGAUAAUAAUAAUAUUAAUAAUAAUAAUGAUAAUAAUAAUAAUAAUAAUAAUGAUAAUAAAUAUAAUUUAAUAAAAUUAGAACCAGUUAUAUAUUUUGAUAAUGUUCAUUUUUCAACAGAAGAUAAAUAUCAAUCUUUAGACGAUUUAUCAUUAUAUUUAUAUUAUGCUAUAAAAUAUGGUAAUUAUUAUUUGUCUUAUUUGUUUGAUAACUUUAUAGGAAUAAAAUAUAUCCAACGUGAAAUUAACAAAAAAAAUAAAUACUUAUUAAAUAAAUUAAACCAAAAAAUGAAAAAAGAGUAUAAACAAAUGGAUAAUGUUCAUGCAUAUAUAUUCCCUCCAAUUUAUGGUAUAUCACAUAAUAUUAUUAUAUUAGAUAUGAAUUUUUUUUUAAUAAAUUUUAAAAGAAUAAUUAAAUUAAUACAAAAUAAUUAUGAUAAUUAUUUAUCAAAUUAUUCUAAAAAAUAUAAUUUUAUGAACAAAGACAAUUUCGAAAAAACUCAAGUCUUAACCAUUGCUACAAUACAAGUUGAAAAAAAAAAAAAUGAAAAUAAAAUUGAAACAAUUAUUUCAAAAAAAAAAGUAACGACGUAUAUUCCAACAUACAUUUCCCAAUUAUAUGCAUUAAACCAUACAAGAAAAGAAAUGCCACAUAUGUUUAAAUAUAAAAAAAGGUUUAUAUGUUUGAAUAAAUAUUAUUUUUUACACGAUGGACAAAUAAAUACUAUUAAAAAAAUCAUAAAAAAUGUUACCAUUAAACAUAGUAAACUUAUAUGGUAUAAUAUAAUAAAAGAAUUCACAAAUUGUAAAGAAUAUAAAGUAAAGUUGUUAAAAAAUAAAUAUUUACAAAAUGAAAAUGAUAAUUUAAAUAUAUUAAAUGAUUUUGAAUAUGCAACAAACUAUGAGAUUAUUAAUUAUUUUCCAAUAAGUUUUUUUAAAUUUUAUAAAAAAAUGAAAAAUAAAACGAAAAACAAAAUGAAAAGCACACAUUAUAUAUUUCUUUUAUAUUAUUGGAAAUUUUAUUCUAAUUUGAAAAAAGGAAAUCAUUUUAAUUUUAAGAAAUUAUUUAUUAAUGAAAAAAUGGCAAAACUUAUUUAUGGCAUACUAUUUUUGUAUUCUAUAAAACGAGGCAACACAAUCGAAGAAAACAACAUACACAAAAAAAAAGUGAAAAAACUUUUAAACAAAUAUAAUAUAAUGGAUUAUGGAAAAUUAUUUCAUCAUAUCUUAAAUGUAGAGUUCAUAUUGAGUAAUCAAAAAAAGAUAACAAACAUGAAAUACAUGAAAAAUAGAAAGCAGCUAAUCAAUUGUUCGAUUUAUUUUCCAAUUGAAAAUACCACAAAGUGUAAAAAAAAACAUUUAUUCAAAAAAGAGGGCCAUAAAUUAAUAGGCACAUUCAAUAAUAUUAAUAACUUUAAAUAUUCUUUUCAACCUUUCAAUUUAAUAACAAAAAGAACAAAUUGUAUAUAUAAUGGAAUAAGGAUAGAGCCUAUGAGCAUAUUGAAAUAUCAAACAAAUUUUGUUAAUUUUACAAAAAUUUUAUAUAAUUCCCAAAUGAAACUAAACGAAAAUUAUAACAAAAAUUUUUUUUUUAACAUAAUUAAUGAAGAAGUUUUAAAUGAUAAUAUUGGCAAAGAGGGAAUAAAAGACACAUUAAUAAAAAAUAGUAAAUUAAACAAAAAAAAAAAAAAUUAUUUCUUAGAAUUAGAACGUUUUUCUCAAUCAAUUAUGAUAUAUGAUUUUUUGAAUAAUAACAAAAAAAUAUUUUUAAUAAAAAAUAUAGAUAAUUUAUAUGAACAUCUAAAAAAAGAAAAUACAAAUUUAAACAUAGACAAUCUGAAUAGUCAAAAUAAAAACAAUGUAGUGUCACAAACAGAUAAAGAAAAUUUAAAAAAAAAAAAAAAAUGUGAUAAAGAUUCAAAAAAAAAAUUAUUAAAUAAUUUCUCAUAUAUACAAGCUAUAAAAAAACAUUCAAAUGAAGGCGAAUUAAAUAUAAGAAAGUCUUAUAAUAUAGAUAAAUUACCAUACAACUUAUUGUGGGAUCAAAAUACUUUAGAACCUGUAUUCGUUAACAAUUCUGACAAUCACAUGAUUAACAAUAUUACUAAUAAUUCUGGAGACGAUGAUACUCAAUUAGAGCAUGGGAAAUAUUUUUAUAAUAAUCGAGAUAGUUUUAUAAAUGCAGAAAAUUCAAACAACAAAACACAUUAUAUAUUAUAUAAUUUUGAAUGUAUACCAUAUUCAAAAUCGAAAUUAUAUAAAAAUCUAAAAUGUUUAUUUUCAAAUGUCCCAUUAAAUUAUAAACUAUAUAAAUUAAUAAGUGAAAAAUGUUGGGAAAAUGGUCAUAUUUUACCAAAAAAUGCAAAAGAGUAUGUUAAAAUUAUAGAUAAUAUUGUAUACGGUUCUAGAAAUAGUAAUAAAAUAAAUUUAACUAAAAAUCAUAAAGAAAAUAACAAUAUAAAUAUAAAUGUGCGUGAUAAUGAUGAAUAUAUAUAUAUGUCUACAGAUGCAGAUUCAUACAAAUCAGAUACUGUGUAUAAUAUAAAAUUAUAUAAAACAGAUUUAUAUAAUAAAUUUAAAAAAUAUGUAAAAAAAAAUCUUAUUAAAUUGAAAUUAGUUACAAAAGAUAAACCGAAUUGUUAUAUUAAUAAAUGUGCAAAUGAUAUUAAUAAUUCAGAAAUAAACAAUUCUUUAUUUCAUGAUAUAUGUAAAACUUAUUUAAAUUUUUUUCAAAAAAUAAAUGAUUAUUUUUAUUUUGAAAAUAAUAAUAAAAAUAAUCACAAUCAUACAAAUUAUGGUAAUAUUGUUGAUAACAAUAAUUUUAAUAUUAUUAAAUAUAAAUAUGGUAAUAAACACAAUUUAGAUCGUAUAUUUGAAUGGCAUAAUAACCUCGAUAUAUACGACCCUCUCUUAACUUUGAAUAAUAAAUCAUUUAUAAAUGAUAAAAGUAAUAAAAAAAAAAAAACUUGGAUUUGCAUAUAUAACGAUAGGUCUUAUGUAAAUCUCAACAAUCCUGCUAUUUUAGCAGAAAUAAGGAAAAGAGAUAAAGAGGAAAGUACUUUAUUAAAUUAUAACUUUAAUAAAAAUGUACAUUUUGAAUUUAAUAGUAAUUUAAAUUGUUUCAUAUUACGAUUUAAAAAUAAUUAUAUAAAAAACAAAAAUAUAAAUUUGUAUAUAACUAUAAAGGAGAAUAAAUCACAUAAAGUUAAAUAUGCUCAGAACAUUAAAAAGACAAAUAAAUAUACAUAUUUUUUAUUUUCUUGUCUUAUAUUUCCAGUAUAUAUAACAAUAAAAAUAAUGUAUGUAUUUUCGUUAGAAUAUUUUCCUUCUUUGUUUUUCAAAACAUUAAACUAUUUAAAUUAUUUAAAAAUAGAUGAAGAGUUUUUCAAUUUUUUACAAUGUAAUGAAUAUAAAGCAAUUAAUGAAAUAUUUUAUAAUUAUCAUCAUACAAAAGAUGAAAACAAUUUGCUUGACAUACUACGAUUUAGAGGAUAUUAUAUUAAUCCAUUUUCAUUUUUAGGAUCUAUUUUUUAUUUAUCUGAGUUGAAAAACAUUUCUUCUCAUUUUAAUUUGCAUCCAACUAAUCAUUUCAAUACUAUGCAUCAUAUUUGGGGUAUUGAACGGACUACUAACUUAAUUCAUUUAGAAAAAUUAGAAAAAAAAUUAAAAAACAAAAUAAAAAAUAAACGCAUAUUCAGAUAUUUGCAAGUUCUUAACCAAAAUAGAACCCCCCUAUCCACACAAAAAAAAACAAAAGAAAUCAUCUCGAAUAAUUCCAAUAAUCGUGACAAUAUAAAUGAAAACCAUCAAAAAAACCAAAUUCUCAAAGAGGGUGUUAAAAAGUUUCGUAAAAAGAAAAUUAAAAUAAAAAAGAACACAGAUAAUCUAGACAAUGAUAUCAAUAAUAAUUAUAAAGAAGCAUUUCGUAAAGCACGUAAAAAAAGAGAAAUAUGGAUAAAAAGAGCGAAAUGUAACGAGUCUAGCUUAAAUGAAUUAUUCUAUAUUAAAUUUGAAGAUGAUUUAGAAAAUAAUAUAAAAGAUGAAGAAAUAGACAAAUUUUUUAAAAACAAAAAUUAUAUUAAUUGUGAUAAUGAUAAUAAUAUUGAUGAGAAAAACGAAGCUUCAAAUUUAUUUGAUCACACAAAAGGAUCGAAACAGAAAAUUUUCAAAAAAAUGCAAGUUUCUAAAUCUAUCGAUAGUUUCUUAUAUAAAUAUACAUAUAACGUUGCAACUUUGUUAAAAAAAAAAAAUAAGAAAAAAAAAAAAAAAAAAAAAAAAAAAUCAUAUAAUGAUGAACAUUAUAACGAACAGGUGGAAAAAAAUGUCAUAGAAAUACCAAAUUUAGAAAAUUAUGAUAAUACUGAAAAAAUAAAUAAAAGGAAAAAAAUUAGUGGGAAACACAAAAAAAAAGACUUCACAUAUUUGCUAAAUAAAUAUUUAGAAAAAUAUAUACAUACAAAUUGUUUUAACAAUUAUUCAAAUGAAUCAGAAACAAUUAAUUUAUAUAAUAUGAUCAUAACAUUUUUAAAUAACAAAGCUUUACUUAAUAAUGAUUCUAUAACAUAUGAAAAAUACAUUAAAAAAAAUUUUAUCGAAAUUAAUUAUAGCAUUUAUAAAGAAUUUACAAUACAUUCUAACUAUUAUAUGCAAGAAUUUGAUAUAUAUCCUUUGAAUAAGUUUAUUAACACUUUUUAUAAUAACAAUUUCAAGGCAUUAUAUCUAAAUUAUCAGAAAAUAAAAAACAAAAAACACAUGAGCCCGGAUCACCAGCAAAAAGUGGAAUAUAUCCAGAAUAUAGAUAACAUUUCUAAAACAAGCAACAGCUUGUCGAUUGUCCAAAAUUAUGAAAAUGAAAAGAUAGCCUAUGAUGGGAUAGAAGAAAAUUACGACAAAAGUUAUGCCGAAAAUUACGACGAGAAUUAUGGCGAAAAUGUGAAGGAUGGAUAUAUAAUCAACGGCAAUGACAAUGUAUAUGAUAAUUUAUUGGAUUCCCUCGAUAAUAACAUUGAAAAAGAUGAAUCAAACAAAUACGAAAAUGAUAUAAUUUCACAAAUCGAUGAUCUAGACCAAAUAGAAUCUAUUAAAUAUUUAAGUGGUGGUGAUUCAUUUGAUGCUUUGAAUGAAAUUGAUAAAAAUUCAAUUAACAAAUCUGAUAAAGAGUCUAUAAAUCUUAUAGAAAAUGAUAAAACACAAAAUACUGACGAAUCAUCUGAAUACGCAGAUGGUAGCUUAUUUGAUGAAGAAGAACAAGAACAAAGUGACAAAGAUUAUGUAAGUUAUUCAUUUUAUCUGCAUAAACCCGUAUAUAUAUAUGAUGAGAAAAAGGAAAUGAAAAAAGCUUUGAGCGGUAUCGAAAAUGAAGAAAGUGAAAUUGAUGGCGAAAAAACAGAGGCCAAAGAUGAGAUAACAAAAAAAAAUAGGGAUGCAAACAAAUGGGAUAGUAAUAUAUUCUUGAUAAAGACUAAACAAUAUAAGAAAGUGUAUAAAAAAUUAAUUAAAAAAAUAGAAUAUGAUAGAAAUAUUAAAAACCAAUGUUAUCCAUUAUAUGAUAAAAAUAAUAAAUUUUUAAUGAGAGAUUAUAAAUGUAUAAAACAAGAAAAUAUUUUGGGAAAAUUUACUAAAAAGCAUGUAAUAAGAGUUGGCAAAAGAAAACCAAUAUAUAAUUUAUUAAAAGGUCGACAUUUACUCAUAAAUUGUAUAUCCAAUAAUUUUUAUACAUAUGACCAAGAAGUUAGAACAAUGGUCCGUAUGUAUAAAAGACAUAAAUUUAUUUUAAAAAAUCAAAAACAAAAAUAUUUUUUAAAAAAAUAUAAAAAUUCUUAUCCUUGGAUCGGAGAAAAUAUGUUUAUAUGUGAAAACGAUAUCAACAAAUACGUUGCGGCUGCUUAUUCAACAAUUUUAUUUCACAAAAACACAACCUACCUCAAACAUUUUAAUUAUCACAAUGCUCGGGAAUACAUACCAUCAUUUCGUGAACACCGAAAUAAGGAAUUAAAUAAAAUUCCAACAAUGCUAUACUUACUCAUAAAAGCCUUUAGCGUCUAUCUGAAUUGUUCCUUUAGGGAAUUAAUUAUAAUUUUGAAACGUAUUGAAAGAACAUUUUUAUUUUGUUAA